AUGCUCAUCCCUGAUGAAGGCGAAGAAGAAUCAAAAAUACAAAAAAAAGUGCUACUUUUCUAUGAUCGCGAAUUCUUUUUGCAGAAAGAACCACCGAAUACAUGGAAGGUAAAGCUGAUGUUGAAAAAUUGCUCGAAUGAUAAAUAUGAAGGGCAUCACGAAGAAAAUGAAAUUGUGACGAACUGA